AUGAAUAACAAUAACGCUGAAAUACUCAAUUUUCUAACUUAUAGUAAAAACCUCAUUACUAACCAACCUUAUUAAAUUACAUUCAAUGGAGAUACUGUGUGUAUGUUCAAAGUAAUUUCUAUAAAUUUUCUUAGCUUCUUAAUAGCGAGCGGAACCUUAAAUAUAUUUUAAGAAUCAGAUUAAAUGCUACUGUAGGCUGGAUAAUCAAAGCUAAUAAACUCUAUGGAUUUAUUAUCCAUGUAGGUAGCAAGCAGAAAAAGUUUUAUAGCGACGAUAGUUCUAUUCUUAUGAAGUAUAAAAUUAUUUUUUCUUAGAUUAAAAGACUUACUUGCAUGCAAAGUAAGUUUUUAUAAUGUUUAUGAAUUCUAUGAAUUUAAAGAAUAAAUUGGAAAAGGUGCUUCAUCCAGAGUAAUAAAAGCCUUUUCAAAAUUUACUUAGAAAUAUGUUGCUAUCAAAAUCAUUGAUAAAACCACUCUUAAACCUUUAAAUUAUGUAGUCAAUACAUCUCUAUUUAAAGGCUUCUUUAGAACAAGAAAUAGAAAUACUAUUAACAGUCAAGGACUCUAUUUAUUGUUCUUAGAUUAUAGAAAUUUAUCAGAGUCAAUAUGCUUUCUAUAUUGUAAUGAAGUUAUUAAGUGGUUAAUCUUUGUCCACUUAUCUUGAAAAUCAAUAAGGUGAAACAUAAAAGAAGUUAAGCAAUAAAUAAACUCUCUAAAUCAUGAGAAGACUACUGGAAGGAGUAAAUUACUUACAUUCUGUCGGAGUAGAUUAAAUUAAUUUAAAUUAUAAUUUAGAUCAUACAUAGAGAUAUAAAGCCAGACAAUUUGAUGCUUGCUGAAUAAGAUAAUUUUGAUACAGUCACAUUAAUAGACUUUGGAUUGUCUACAUUUACUAAGGUGAGCAGAUACUUAUUUUAUAAAUGUGGAACUCCAGGAUAUGUGGCUCCAGAAAUUCUAAACUGUUCAGUCAGAAAUCAGUAAUCAGAGAGUUGUGAUAUCUUUAGUUGUGGAUGUAUAUUCUAUAGAUUGUAUAUAAAAUAAAUUUUAUAAUAUAGAAUAUUAGGGAAGAGUGUUUUUAAGGGUCGAACUUACGAUGAAUUACUCCACAAAAACAAACAAUGUUUAAUUGACUUUAAUAUUAAGUAAGAACAAAAUAGUAAUCAGAACGCUUUAAAACUAUUGCAUUCUAUGUUAAGAAAGAAUCCAGAGGAAAGAAUAACAGCAAAAGCUGCAUUAUAAAGUAGUUACUUUUAUAAUGAAUCUCUCUUUUCAAUAAAUGAUGAGAAUUGGGACUCAACUCCACUUGUCAAUCAGCUACCUCUUUUUAAUGCUACUAUUGGCAGAGUCUUUGAGUUGACAGCAAGAGAUUUCACAAGUUAAAAACUAUUAAUUCCAAAAUAGAAAGAUAACAAUUUCUAUUCUCCUUAAUUAAGUCCAAUUAGAAGAGAUAAUUAAUGA